AGAAAUCUGGAUUAAAUUGCUGUUUGCUGCAAUUUUUUUUGACUUAACGAAUUUUUCAUGUAAUUAUUAUAGACGCCACUGUAGUUUCAUUAAAUACCACCGUUUCGUUUAAUAUGGUUAAUCAUUUUACUUCAAUGCGCGGUGGUUAUCAUUUGUUUGAGUGACAGCCAAUAAGAAAGUGUUGUGUUUUUAGUAACUGAUUAGAAAUUUUAAUUUAGAAAUAUGCUACCAAAUCGUCAAAUGCAACAACCGACACCACAAGAAAAUCCUUUAUGGGUGUCAUGGCAUGAUUCAUCAAUGAUUGCCACUUUAAAUGGACAAAAUGUAAUGGACUAUUUUUGUCGGAAAUCUAAUCCGUUCUAUGAAAGAACCUGCAAUAACGAGACAAUACGUAUGCAGCGUCUAUCUAUGGAACAUCUAGUAAAUAUGGUUGGUGUUGAGUAUAUUUUACUUCAUGUUGCUGAGCCGAUAUUAUAUGUGGUACGCAAGCAACAUCGACACAGUCAAACGAAUACAACACCAAUGGCAGAUUACUAUAUCAUAGCUGGCACAAUUUACAAGGCACCGGACUUGGGAAAUGUGGUCAAUUCAAGAAUUUUAAACACUGUAAAUCAUCUUCAAUCUGCUUUUGAAGAAGUCAGUGGUUAUGCUCGCUAUAAUCCAAAUAAGGGAUACAGUUGGGAUUUUACCGCGAAUAAAUCACUUUCUGAUAAAUCGAAAUCGGGCAAUAAUAAGAACGCUAAUCAGGGUAAGGAUGAGAGUGCGACAGUUUUCCAAAAACAACGGGUUGAUAUGCUGCUUGCUGAACUUUUACGAAAAUUUCCUCCGCCAAUACCACCAACAAUUCAUCAACAACAAAUGCAACAGCAACAGCAGCACCAACAACAGCAGCAGCAAGCCCAGCAACCACAGCAACCACAACAACCACAGGCACAACCACCACCACAACAACAACAACAACAGCAACCGGUACAGCAGCAGCAAACACCACAACCAGCACAGGUUGCACCACCAGAAGGUACCACAAACGAAUCAGUAACUGCACCAGCAAGUGUACCACCUAAUAAUGGAAGUCAAAUUAAUCCGGCUGAAGCUAGUCCAGCUCCUCCGCAACCAAGCGCAGAGGCGAAAACAGAUAAUGUUGAUAUGAAGCCUCCACCGGAGAAAAAGUUGAAAACAACAUAAAAUUCGAUAUUUGUCUCUUACAAUAUUUUUUUAACCCCUCCUCAUAAUUAGUUAUAAAAGUAAUAAUAUUAACAUAAUUUUUUGAAAAGGUUGCUGACGUUAUUGAUUAAGAAGCAACGCAGCUGGAGUGCAAUAAUUGACUUCAGUAAAUAAUUUUUUUCGUAUUGAGUACGAAUAUAUGGGAGCAAUCAAAUAAGAAACUUGCUUUAAACACGCAGGCAGUAAUCGUUAAUUAAAAACUUAAGUAUUUAUUUUCAUAUAGCUGAAUACAAAAAAAGAC